GUUUAAAAUUGUGCGAACCUCAUCUGCAAUGGUUAAAAUAUAAUCAGGAACCAUGGACCGAUGUUGUUGAACAUUGGGAGGCAAAUCGACUUGCUAGAAUAAUGGAUAUGACUACACACAAGGAUGGAAAUGUUCAUCUCAUUUUUACGAAAUGGCCAAUUUUAAAACAUCCGCAGGGUUACAAAUUGAUUGAAUCUGAUUAUACUGCACAAUUCGGAAACAUACUUUCUAUAUACAAUGAAUGGCCAGAGUUUUCACGAAAAAUACAUGCUCUCAUGAAAAUUGAAAUUAAAGAUAAAGUAUAUGAGGAACAAUUGAACCAAAUAAAUGAAAACACAUCAGAAG